AUGGUUGAUGUUGCUGACAAAUUGGGUUACUUCCAAGCGAUUACAGGUCUUGAAGAUCCCGAUUUGUGCACUGAGAUCCUUCAAGCUCAUGGUUGGGACCUCGAACUCGCAAUCUCCUCCUUCACAUCUUCUGACCCACGCGAUGAUCAUCAUCAUGCUUCAUCUUCUGCCCCCGGCGGUGGCGGUGGCGGUGACGGUGGCGAUCGCUCUGCCGUCUUUACUGAUUCCACGGCUCGCGAAUUGAACGAUUACCCUUCUCGUGGAAUCGAUACAGAGCUUGUUAUGCGUGAUGAUGGAAGUGGUAGACCUCCGGGAAUUGCUUGGAGGAUUAUCACUUUGCCCAUUUCGAUUGUUUCUGGUAGUUUAGGGUUAGUCUCUGGCGCGAUCGGGUUUGGAUUCUGGGCUGCUGGUGGAGUUCUCUCGUAUUCGCUUGGUAUGUUAGGGUUUGGAUCAGGUCGAGGUGGUUCUGAAUCAUCUGCUAGGCUUGUAUCUGUUUCUUCGGCUGCUGGUGAAGCAAUGGAAUUCGUUGCCUUGUUCGAUAGAGAUUAUGGGAGUAGCAAUGCCUUCAAGCCUGAUUUUGUUUCGGAAGGAUUCAUGGAUGCGCUACAGCGAUCUAGAAGCUCGUUUAAGCUCUUGUUCGUUUACUUGCAUUCUCCAGAUCAUCCGGAUACACCUGUGUUUUGCGAGAGGACGCUCUGCAACGAAGCGUUUGCAGCGUUUGUGAACGAGAAUUUCGUUUGCUGGGGAGGUAGCAUUCGAGCUAGUGAAGGAUUUAAGAUGAGUAAUAGCUUGAAGGCAUCGAGGUUUCCGUUUUGCGCUGUGGUUAUGCCAGCUGCUAAUCAGAGAAUUGCUCUUCUUCAGCAGGUGGAGGGACCAAAAACUCCAGAAGAAAUGAUUGCUAUACUGCAGAGAGUGGUAGAAGAUAGUUCACCUGUUCUUGUAACUGCUAGGGUUGAGGCAGAGGAAAGAAGAAACAAUCUGCGUCUGAGAGAGGAACAAGAUGCUGCUUACAGGGCUGCUCUUGAAGCCGAUCAAGCAAGGGAGCGACAGAGACGUGAAGAGGAAGAGCGUUUAGAGAGGGAAGCUGCUGAGGCAGAGAGGAACCGCAAGGAGGAAGAAGAGGCUCGGGAGAGAGCAGAGCGUGAAGCUGCAGAGAGAGAAGCUGCUAGAGUGAGAAUGAGACAAGAGAAAGCACUUGCUCUUGGCGAUGAACCUGAGAAAGGCCCUGAUAUUACACAAGUUUUGGUACGGUUCCCGAAUGGAGAAAGAAAAGGGCGGAGGUUUGAAAGCAAAACCACCAUACAGACGUUGUACGACUACGUUGAUUCACUUGGCGUAUUGGAAACAGAAGAGUACAGCUUAAUAACAAACUUCCCAAGGACAGUGUACGGAAGAGACAAAGCGUCAAUGUCACUGAAAGACGCAGGCUUGCAUCCUCAGGCAAGUCUCUUCAUUGAGAUUAACUGA